AUGGGCCGGGGAGAAUCGUCUGAGAUUGCGUUGGACCUUGACGCUUGGGGGAGUGCGAGGAGGGCGAGACCAGCAUCUCUCGUGCAGUUGGACCUGUAUGCACUCGAUCAAGACGAUGUAGAGGAAGAUGAUGGAGAGGAGGAAGCGGAGGAGGAGGGAGAGAGGGGGGAGCGAGAAGACGGAGACAUGGACGAUGAAGCCGAUCUUGAGAGUUGGGAUCCAACUGAGGACCAGCUUGUGGUGGAUUUCAAGGCGUACGCGAUCGGAGACAACGAGGGCGGCGAGCUCGGAGUCGGAAGAGCAGGGGGAGGAGAAGCAGCUACGAAGAUGCAAGUCAUGACGUCCAGCUCCCUCUACGGAGGGUCCCCACUAGCUCAGAGCAACCAGCAGCUUCCACGAGUAGCAGCAUGCGGCGACGCGUUCUCCGUCUUCCAGUCGCUUGCUGGCGAGCUGUUCUCAGUCGGGCUGGCUAACGGCGGGAGGCUCGGGCUGGGCCACCUGGAGGUACAUGCUCUCGGAAAGUCUAGUACUCCUCAUAGCUCUGAAGGACAAGGUCCAUCCCACGCCGGUGCCCCUCCCUAG